GUUACUAUUAUUAGUAUAUAGACGCCAUUGGUUGUUACUAAUACAGCUGUUUUGGGAAGUUAACGGUGUAGUGAAUAGUCGACGGAUACAGUAUUGAAUCUGAAGUAGUACAUUGUAGUAUACACAUUUAAAGAUAUUCUAGUCAAAUGGCAGCCUCUUAUAAGCCCACAGUUUUCCCCGCAACCCCCUUUAACGCCGAGGAUGCAGCUGGAAAAUUACGGAAAGCCAUGAAAGGACUUGGGACAGAUGAAGCUGCUAUUAUUGAUGUAUUCAGGAGUCAUUCUAACGAACAAAGGGUGCAGAUAGAGAGACAGUUCAAAACAAAUUAUGGAAAGGAUUUACGUGCCGAUUUAAAAUCAGAAUUAGGUGGAAGAUUUGAAGAUGUUGUUCUUGCUCUAUUGGAUACACCAAGAAUCUAUGAUGCCAAACAAAUUAAACAGGCCAUAAAGGGGGCUGGUACAGAUGAAGCCACGCUUAUAGAAAUUUUAUGUACCAGAUCCAAUGCUGAAAUAAAUGAAAUAAAAAAACAUUAUAAAACAUUAUUCAAAUCUGAUUUGGAAAAAGACAUUGCAUCUGAUACUAGUGGCCAUUUUAAACGUUUAUUAGUUGCCCAAUCAGCAGCUAACCGUAGUGAUGCACCACCUGAUACAGCUCUAGCACAACAAGAUGCGCAAGAUUUAUAUAAAGCUGGUGAGAAGAAAGCUGGCACUGAUGAAGCAGAAUUUAACAGAAUUCUUUGUGCAAGGAGUUUUGCACAUUUAAGGGAAGUAUUCAACUUUUACCAGGCCCUUGCUGGGAAACCUUUAGAAAAAUCCAUUAAGGGUGAAACAAGUGGAUACCUUGAAGAUGGCUAUUUGGCUAUAGUAAAAGUUGCAACAAACACUCCAGCAUUUUUCGCAGAGAGAAUAUACCACAGUAUGAAGGGUGCCGGAACAAAAGAUGAGGCACUAAUUAGACUUGUCGUGUCUCGAUCUGAAAUCGACAUGGGUUUAAUAAAAGAAGAAUUCCAAAAAAUGUAUGGCAAGACAUUAGCUAGUUUUAUUAAAGGCGAUUGUAGUGGUGAUUAUAAGAAAAUGUUGCUGGCUCUGAUAGGCGAUAUUUAAACAAAUUAAUACUGGCUCAGGCUAUUGUUUAUAUAAUUAUUAUAUAUUUAUUUGUUUAUUAUAUACAUUUUAUACAUGAAUAAAGAAGAAAAGUAUGUAACACGUGUGUAGAUCAGAGUUAUUUUAAAGCGGAAAUUUCAAAUUUUUAAGUUAUAUUUUUAAAAUUUAUUAAAAUAAAGCCUUAAAAUAGAUGGUAUCCAUAAACAGCCCUACCUUGUUAAAGAAUAAUCCUAUUAAUCCUAUAAUUCACUAUUGCCAGCUGAGAAAUUGGCAAAAAUAUCAUUUUCAACUUCAAAUUCCAACGUUGAGGAAAUGGCAGACCAUUGUUUUCAAUAGGAAAACAAGGGAGGUAAUUGUGUUGCUAUUUCCUGUGUACCUAUGAUCGCAUAAUAGUGAGUUGAUAAUCUAUUGAGCAAAAGACAUAGAAAUAAUUAUGUUUUGACUUUCUUAGAAAAUAUGAAAUUCUCGCUUUAACUUGAAAAUGAUUAUAGAAUUAUUUUUUUUUUCUUGAUUUUACUUAGUCAAAUUAGGCAGUAUUUGUAGUGGGGGGAAGAGUGGGGUUAAUUCAAAUAAUAUCUGGUCACAUUCUGUAGAUGUAUUUUUAUAGGUAUACAAUUGUAAUUAAUGAGAAUUCCAUUGAAGGGAGUAGAUGUAUUUUUAUAGGUAUACAAUUGUAAUUAAUGAGAAUUCCAUUGAUGGGAGUAGAUGUAUUUUUAUAGGUAUACAAUUGUAAUUAAUGAGAAUUCCAUUGAAGGGAGUAGAAUCUAUCACUAAUAUUUAUAUUUCUCGUUUCAACCGUUGUAUUAGGGCACUAAACAGUGUAUACUUUAAGCACUGAAAAAAUAUAAUUUAACAAAAUUUAUUACUUCAUCCACAUUAUAAUUUUCCAAUUAGAAAUGAACGUGUUGAUGUAAAACAAAAUCAAAAUACAAUAAUUACAAGAAUA